AUGCUGACCUGGGUACCUACGCACGACAGAGUCCGGCGAGAGGACCUCGAUGACUCCUCCGAGGACGAGGCAUCGGGCCAUGACGAGCAGCAGGAUGCGGAGCUCCUGGCCAAGCUCCACGCCCGCAUGGCGGGGAUGCUUGACCUGAGCGGCAUCGACCAGGCGCCUGCCAUGGCCGCCGCGGAGGAGGACGCGGUGAUGGCUGAAGACCCGGGCCGCGACACCCAGCAUGACGACGGCCCGGAAGAGUUCGAGUUCCGGCUGUUCACGACGACGGACCCGGCGACCAAGAUCGCGCUGGUCGACGAGGACGAGCGCGCGCUGUUGGGCGACGGCGCCAUGCUGCGCGGGCGGCCGCUGUCGUACUACAUCGCGGGCGAGCCGACGCCCGAGGCCAGGGCGGAGAUGGCGUUCGCGGCGGUGUCGGGCGACGAGGUGCUCGCGCGCGCGCGGCAGCGGUGGUGGGGGAUGGAGAUGCCGUGGCGGGUGACGCGGGUCCCCGGCGCUUCGGGGACGGCGGCGGCGGCGGCGGCGGGAGAGGAGGAGACGGCGGCGGCGCGGAGGAGGCGGCCAGGGAAGAAGAAGCGUGUCGCGCUACGGCUCCGGGAGCGCGAGAGGAAGAAGAAGGCCGAGGAGCAGGAGAAGGCCAAGAUGAGCAAGGAGGAGGCGCUCAAGGAAAAGAAGAAGCGGCUCAACCGGCUGAAGAAGCUGCGGAAGCGGGCCAAGGCCAAGGAAGGGAAAAAGGGGGACGGCGAGGGCGAGGACGACGAGUCCGGGUCCGGGUCCGACGGGGGCGACGAGUGA